CUAUGGUUUCUGUAGAUAGAAGUUUACAUAAGAUAUCUAUAGUUUCUGUAGAUAGAAGUUUAUAUAAGAUAUCUAUGGUUUCUGUAGAUAGAAGUUUAUAUAAGCUAUCUAUGGUUUCUGUAGAUAGAUGUUUAUAUAAGCUGUCUAUGGUUUCUGUAGAUAGAAGUUUAUAUACGAUAUCUAUAGUUUCUGUAGAUAGAAGUUUAUAUAAGCUGCCUAUAAUAGUUUCUGUAGAUAGAAGGUUAUAUAAGCUAUCUAUGGUUUCUGUAGAUAGAAGUUUAUAUACGAUAUCUAUAGUUUCUGUAGAUAGAAGUUUAUAUAAGAUAUCUAUGGUUUCUGUAGAUAGAAGUUUAUAUAAGCUGCCUAUAAUAGUUUCUGUAGAUAGAAGGUUAUAUAAGCUAUCUAUGGUUUCUGUAGAUAGAAGUUUAUAUACGAUAUCUAUAGUUUCUGUAGAUAGAAGUUUAUAUAAGCUGUCUAUAGUUUCUGUAGAUGGAAGUUUAUAUAAGCUGUCUAUAGUUUCUGUAGAUAGAAGUUUAUAUAAGAUAUCUAUAGUUUCUGUAGAUAGAUGUUUAUAUAAGCUAUCUAUAGUUUCUGUAGAUAGAAGUUUAUAUAAGAUAUCUAUAGUUUCUGUAGAUAGAAGGUUAUAUAAGCUAUCUAUAGUUUCUGUAGAUAGAAGUUUAUAUAAGAUAUCUAUAGUUUCUGUAGAUAGAAGUUUAUAUAAGAUAUCUAUAGUUUCUGUAGAUAGAAGUUUAUAUAAGCUGCCUAUAAUAGUUUCUGUAGAUAGAAGGUUAUAUAAGAUAUCUAUAGUUGCUGUAGAUAGAAGUUUAUAUAAGCUGUCUCUGGUAUCUGUAGAUAGAAGUUUAUAUAAGCUAUCUAUAGUUUCUGUAGAUAGAAGUUUAUAUAAGCUAUCUAUGGUUUCUGUAGAUAGAAGUUUAUAUAAGCUAUCUAUGGUUUCUGUAGAUAGAAGUUUAUAUAAGAUAUCUAUAGUUUCUGUAGAUAGAAGUUUAUAUAAGCUGUCUAUAGUUUCUGUAGAUAGAAGGUUAUAUAAGCUAUCUAUGGUUUCUGUAGAUAGAAGUUUAUAUAAGCUGUCUAUAGUUUCUGUAGAUAGAAGGUUAUAUAAGCUAUCUAUAAUAGUUUCUGGACUGGUCAGUGGUGCUAAACGGUUCAAGGACUGGUCAGUGAUGUUAACGGUUCAAGGACUGGUCAGUGAGGUUAAACGGUUCAAGGACUGGUCAGUGAGGUUAAACGGUGCAAGGACUGGUCAGUGA